AAUUAUGUAUUAGCCUUACACGAGCUUCUCAGAAGGAACGAAGUGAUUGAUCCGUCUGUUGUUGCCGGAAACGUUUCGCCGGUGAAUCGGGUCUGUUGCUCCGUCCGCCGCCACUAAGCAGUCAAAGAAGCGGCGUGGUCAGCGUGCCGGUGCCCUGAUGGUUAUCGAAGAUCAUUUACAAGCAGUCAUUCCAGACAGUCAGGCAGUGUAUGUGAACUGGCCUUAGAAGAACAGAAGGAAGAACCACUGCAGCCUGUGUGAAUCCCCGAGGGCAGCAAUGGCUCAUCGCUCAAAGGUCCCUUUAAGGGAAGCUCCAGAUGGAGGAUGGGGUUGGAUGGUCGUGAUCAGCUGCUUCCUGGUGACAGUCUGUACAAGGGCAGUGUCCAGGUGCCUCUCCAUAUUUUUUGUGGAGUUCCAGAAUUAUUUUGCUCAGGAUUAUGCAAUGACGGCAUGGAUACACUCCACUGUUGACUGCACUACCAUGGUGUUUGCUCCCAUUGGGAGUAUAAUUAGUAACCGUUAUUCUACUCGUGUGGCGGUAAUUCUUGGAGGAAUAUUGGCUACUCUUGGCCUCAUUCUCAGUUCAUUCGCAACUUGCCUGGAGUAUCUGUAUCUCUCACUGGGAGUCCUGACUGGUUGUGGAUAUGCUUUAGCUUAUUCUCCUUCCAUAGCAAUUGUGGGAAAAUAUUUCAGUAACAAGAAAGCCAUGGCAUAUGGGUUGGCCAUGUCAGGAAGUGGAAUUGGGACCUUUGUUUUAGCUCCCGUGGUACAGCUGCUGAUUGAAGAAUACUCUUGGCGCGGGGCAUUGCUCAUCCUCGGAGGCCUCGUAGCUAACAUUUGCGUCUGCGGUGCUCUGCUGCGACCUCUUUCACUUGCCGAGGAUCUGUCCAUUUCGAACAUUAGCAGUAUUGCAAGCAGAAAUUCUUAUGAGGAAUGCAGCUACAAGUCACAACAUGAGGAUCCUGCGCUGCCCCGCCAUUCUGUGGACUCAAACUCCACCAGGAAAGAUUGUGUCAAAAAGAAACUCUGCAACUGCUGCCCAUCAUAUAAAGAAUAUGCCUUCCUCCUGACGCCAGACUUCUUUGUAUUUGCUGUAUCACUGCUGUUCUUAGCUUAUGGUUGUAGUACCCCUUUUGUACAUCUAGUACCAUACGCCGUAAGCGCUGGGAUCAGCCAGCAGCAAGCAGCCUUCUUAAUGUCAAUCCUUGGCAUUGUGGACAUUGUUGGAAACAUCUCAUUUGGCUGGCUAACAGAUAGAAGAUCCAUUCAACAAAAUGUUCUCACAGACAAGAGAGAAUCUGGGGAUGCUGGAAAUCCAAGCAACACACACAAGCUGCUGGAGGAAGUCAGCAUCCUGCUGAAGAGUUUCAGCCUGAAACGUCAACUGUACUUUUUUUUUCCCCCUUGGAUGCUGCCUGGCCUGCUGAGUUCAUCCAGCAUUUAUGUGUGUUGCAACAAAAUUUUCUGUUCAAAUUGCAAAGAUAUUAUGAUUGGUACCGACCCUACCAGAGUUUUGUAUUGAUAGCAGUAAUAGAUUUAGGAUGAACCAGAUGUAGUGACAAGAGGAUUAUCAAACCAUGCUGAUAUCUGCCAUUGAAUGUAUUUCACAUUUACUCUGCCAGUAAGGUUAUUUGAUUCCUUGAGACAGGUUUGUUUCAUAUCUUCAGUGUAUAUCUACAAUCUCUGCUAAUCUACUACAUAAUAAGUGAAAAAGGAUAAUCAGUUUAAAUACAAUGAGACUUUGCCCUUACAUCAUCUCAUCUGUGGCAGAAACCCUCAUCAUGCCUGAAUUACCCCUAAUGGAUGCUUUGUUUAUAAAUCCAUCUGUCUUAUUUUUUUUUUGCUUUUAUGUCUAUAAUCUCCACCGACCCCACAGCAGUUCCCGAAUUAUGACCUGUUUUUAAUUGUUGUCUUGUUGAUGGCAUGUCCUCAGCUGUCAAAUCCCUGAGUGUUUGAGUUUCUCCUCAAGGAAUCUCUGUCUCUUUAUUUUUAUAAACAAUUCCUUAAAACCUACCUCUUUGACCAAACCUCUAAUUAUCUGCCUGAGGACUCUUCUGUCAGUCAGCAUCAAUGAUCCAUGCUCUAUGCUACCGCAUGGCACAUUUUACUGUGUUAAGGGGAAGGGUUGUGCCACUGUUGGGUGUCCUUAAUAAUUCACGUUUUUACCAUUGUUUUAGGUUCCUUUAUUUUAUCUCACUUUAAAAAAAAAUAUAUUCUCCCAUUCUUUUGUUCUACCUUCUGCUGUGCAAACCUUUUUGAUACCUGGCUUUACUGAUUCUAUCCUUGCUUCAGUGUACUCUUUUCAUUCUUGGUGACUUAUAUAGUCUUUUAGCGGGAAGUGAAUAUCUUAAGAAAUGUGAUUUAAUUGACCUCAAAGAUUAUUUUCUUAACAAAUCAUUAGUAGAUGAUAUAAAGACUAACAUGGUUGUUAUGACCAGAAGUUGGCAGCACCCAUGCACAGCCAAAAAGCAAAUGUUAUUUUAGUGUCAGAGUGGAGAUGGCUAUAUUGUACUCUUGGAUAUGCCAAGUACUAUGCUUGGAUUUCUGGAAUAAAACAGUUAGAUUCUUCAAAGUACUUGAAUGCCAGAAGUUAAUUAGAAACGUAAGGGCUGGGAGAAGGAGGAGGUUGGGUUACAGAAAUUGUUUGCUUCUUGAGUUUAGUCCAUCUGAUAAAUGGAAAGAUUAAUAAAUCAUGUAACUGAUUUGUCUGUGUUUAUAACAGAUAAUUGGACUAAUGAUCCUUAAAUUGGAAAUGUACAGCAUUGUAUCCUUCUCCAUCAGUCACAUCCUCAUUCAGGACGUUGGACAAAUGAAUUUGUAAUCGGCAUCUUGACUUAUUUUUGUUUCUAAAUGAGAGGGCCCCAGAGAGUAUUGUAGAACAGAGAGACCUUAUCUGUAGAGGUAUAUAGCUCCCUGUAAAUAAUGGCCAUAAGAUCAUAAGACAUAGAAGCAAAAUUAGGCCAUUUGGUCCAUCGAGUAUGCUCAACUAUUCUAUCCAUGGCUGAUUUAUUGUCCCUCUCAACCCCAUUCUCCUGCCUUCUCCCCAUAACUUUUGGUGCCUUGAUUAAUAAAGAACCUAUAACCUCUGCCUAAAUAUACCCAAUGACCUGCCCUGUACAGCCACCUGUGGUAAUGAAGUAAACAGGUGCACCACCCUCUCUCUAAAGAAUUUUUUCCUCAUCUCUGUUCUAAAUGGAUGUCCAUCUAUUCUGAGCUGUACCCUCUGGUCCUAGACUCCCCCACUAUAGAAAACACCCUCUCCACAUCCACUCCACCUAGGCCUUUCAAUAUUUGAUAGGUUUCAAUGAGAUCCCCCCAUUCUUCUAAACACAGCGAGUUCAGGCCUAGAGCCAUCAAACACUUCUCGUAUGUUAACGCUUUCUUUCCCAGAAUCAUUUUCUGAACCUUCUGGACCCUCUCCAAUGCCAGCACAUCUUAUCAUUGAUAGGGGGCCCAGAACUGCUCACAAUAUUCCAAGUGCGGUCUGACCAAUGCCUUAUAAAGCCUCAGCAUUACAUCCUUGCUUUUGUAUUUUAACUUCUCAAAAAGCGAGACAGGUAGACAGAGUAGUGACGAAGGCAUUUGACAUGGUUAGGGCUUCGAGAACAGGAGUAGGGAUGUCAUGCUACAACUGUUCAAGUCAUUGGUGUGACGUUACUUGGAGUAUUAUGUGCAGUUCUGGCCACACAAUUAUUAGAAGGAUGCCCAUAAGCAGAAAGGAGUGCAGAAAAGGUUCACAAGGGUGUUACUGGGACUGGAGGGUACAAGUUAUAAGGAGACGCUAGAUAGGGUAGAAGAGGUACUGUAUAUAAAGUCAUGAGGGGCAUAGGUAAAGUGAAAGGUCACUGCCUUUUCCCCAGGGUAGGGGAAUCUAAAACUAGAGGGAUGGGUUUUAGGUGAGAGGGCAGAAAUUUAAAGGAUAACAGUGGAUGGUGAAUAUAUGACACAGACAGGCAGAGGAAGCUGUAGAGGCAGGUACAAUUACAUUAGUUAAGAGGCCCGACGACCGUUCUGUGGUUAGGAAAUGUUUAGAGGGAUAUAGGCCAAAGACAGCAAAAUGUCUUGCUCGGGUAGAAAGCAAAUAUUUCUCUCUUCUUCUGAGAUUUACAGAAUGUAUUGCAGUUGCUUUUUAAUUCUGUUGAGAGAAGGGUAAUAGUUUUUAAUAAAAAUGAAUCACUCUGUCAUUGUCGUGCUCAACAGUGAGCAACGAUGAGUAAAACGAGGAAGGUUAGUAAUAGAAAACCACAUGGCAUCUGCAGAAAUUAGCAGGUUUAAGAUUUGAUGAUGUUGUUAGUCAGAACUGCUGCCUUAGUUAGGUUUUUUAUCAGAAAUGUACGUAAAAUGCAGUUGCUACUGAGCGAAGUUGGAGCACGUUGCUCCUGAGCUGAGAGAAGUGCUUAGAGCGCCCCCUGGACACUACAUGUCCAAAUAACAGCCCACUUCCAUAUUUCAGUUUCUUUAGAUGAGAACAUGUUUCUAAGGAUUUUAUGGCAGAAUUGUUCAAUUAUUCUGAUGUUAGAUAUGUUAAACUAUUUUCCAGUGAACUUUUAUUGCUGUUCAUCUGUAUAUUUGAUUAAAUAGUGCGAUCUUUUCACACACUAGAAAUGUACUGCGUGAAACAGUUCAGAAUAGUUAAAGCUGAAUGUGGUCUCAGGAAUUUGGAAGGAUAACUUAACCAAUAGUACUCAAUAUUCCAGCACCACAGUAAGGCACUUGGAAUGUGGUCUUUCAUUUGUGGGCUAAUUUGAUGGGUAAAAUAUUGGUGUCCUCUUUCUCCAGAGUCUAGCAGAUAAUGAUGCUGAUUUAAAGGUGAGCACUGCUUUCGUAGCUUAGUGGUCCAUCAGCUAAUGCACUCUGAACCCCAGAUGCCGAAACAGAAGCAAAAAAGGACUGCACAGUACUCAUUAAGGGAAUCCUCCUCAGUCCAGGGGAUGACUGAAGUCUAGAAUAUACUGUCCGAAGAGAUGGUGGAGAAACAUAGGCUUGAAGCAUUUAAGAAACAUUUAGUUAAGUUCCUGAAACAUCAUUGUAUGGAAGGCUGCAGAUCCAGUGCUGGAAAAUGGGAUUGGUAUGGAUAUGUACCCAAUGGCUGGCACACACACGAUGGGCAGAAUGGCCUGGAUCCUUGGAGUAUGAUUCUACUUACAGGUUGCUGGUCUUCUGGUCACUUCGAUUUAGAUGCGCUUGAUAUUUUCUUUGAUGUGCUUGCCUUCUGCAGUUUGCACAUUAUUCUCAUGUGGUAAAGCCACUAAGUUAAUAUUUAACCAGUGUCAUUGGCUCUACCACAUGAAUGGGGUGCACAGCCUAGUUAGUCCCUUCUCUCCUGAGCUGUUUGAUCACUUUGUACAGCCCUCUGCUGCCUUGCUGGUAGCCCCUGUGCAGUGCUGCUCCAGAGCUUGGUAAAGGGUACCGCGGCCGGCUGUGGAGCAAAACUGGGAUGGCUCAGUGCCAGGUGUACUCCACGACAUGGGCGGCAGCAAUGAGGAUGGGCAGCCACCAUUGUACAUCAGUACCUGCCACAUCACAGCGAGGAUGGCUGCAGGCCAAGCGCUGGAAAAUGGGGUUGGUACAAAUAUGUAUCUGACAGCAAGCAGGGCUUGGGCCGUUGUGAUUAUCCAUCUGCUCCAACCCACCGGACACCCCUCUGCAGUGAAAGUGCCGUCUGCCAGAAGAAGCGGGAUCUCCCAGUGGCCACCCGUUUUAAUUGCACCUCCCCUUCCCAUUCUGAUAUGUCUAUCCAUGGCCUCCUCUACUGUCACUAUGGGGCCACACUCAGGCUGGAGGAACAACACCUUAUAUUCUGUCUGGGUAGCCUCCAACCUGAUGGCAUGAACGUCGAUUUCUCAAACUUCCGGUAAUGCCCCCUCACCAGUCCCCAUCCCCUUUUCCCUCUCUCACCUUAUCUCUUUGCCUGUUCAUUGCUCCCCUCUGGUGUUCUCCCCACUUUUCUUUUCUUCCAUGGCCUUCUGUCCUCUCCUAGCAGACUCCCCCUUCUCCAGCCCUGUAUCUCUUUCACCAGUCAACAUCCCAGCUCUUUACUUCAUCCCUCCCCCUCCUGGUGUCACCCAUCAUCUUGUGUUUCUCUCUCCCCAACUCCACCUUUUAAAUUUAUUCCUCAUCAUUUUUUUCACCAGUCCGGCUGAAGGGUCUCAGCCUGAGACAUCAACUGUACUUUUUUCCAUAGAUACUGCCUGACCUGCUGAGUUCCUCCAGCGUUUUGUGUGUGUUGCAGUACAAUUGUAGAUGGAUUUGUGAAAUCUCACAAUACCUUUCACCACAAUUAUUAUCAAAGCUGGUGUCUAACUGCAUGGCCAGCUUCUGCUGUAACCCUAACUGUAUGUUUGCAGAUAAUACCACCAUAGUGGGCUGUAUCUGAAAUAGUGAUGAGUCAGAGGUCAGGAAGGAGAGGGUGAGCCUACUAACAUGGUGCCAUUACAAUAAACUUUUGUCAAAGGUAGCAAAACAAACAAGCUGGUGACUGACUUCAGGAAGGGAGUGGCCCAUAUGCUGUUGUUUACACCAAUAUCGUUGAAUUAAAGAGGAUUGAGAGGUGUUUUAUGUUUAAGAAAAACCACAACAACUCAGUUACUGCGGUCCAAAACCUGAACACCAAAGUACGGAUGACCGAACUUAAGGUAAUAAGUCAUUGCGUAAGACCAACCUCUUAAAGUGAAGCCCAACUCUACUCAAUGUCGGUGGUUUCUGCCAAUUACAUUACCCUACAACUUCGCCAUAAUCUUGUCUUAUGCCAACCAUUUUGCCUUAGCCAAGAAAGUUCACCAGCACCUGUACUUGCUCCGAAGGCUAAAGAAUCUGGCAUGCACCCUUUCGCCAUCACCAGUUUUUACCGAUGCAGCACAGAAAUUAUCCUAUUCGAAUUCACCAUGGCUUGAUAUGGCAGCUUCUCUGCCCAUGAACACUAGAAACUGCAGAGAGCUGUGGGCACAGCUCAGCUCAACACAGGUGGUCUCACUUAAAAUUGUGGGCAACUUUCUGAUGUAGUCAGAUCUGAUGGAGGUCAGACUCAUCCAGGUGGCACAUUUCCUCAGGAGGAAAACAAGCAUGUUUUAAGUAGAACUUCCUGUUCUCCACUCUAUCACAGAUAAUCCUUCUGUUCUCUCCAACAUCUCCCCCCCCUCCACUCCGUCUCCGCAACUUAAAACAUCCAUCAUCAAGGACUCUCACAAUCUAAUCCAUACUCUCUUCCCGCUACUGUUCUACCAUCAGGCAGGAGGUACAGGAGCCUUAUGUCUCACACUGUGAGGUCAGGAACAGUCACUGCACAGUAGCCACCUGGCUCCUGAACCAAUGUGGACAACUUCACUUACCUCAGCUCUGAACUGAUUCCACAACCUAUGGACUCACUUUCAAGGACUCCACAACUCAUAUUCUCGGCAUUAUUUAUUUAUUAAUGUACUUGUUUUUGGCCAGUUUGCCUUUUGCACAUUUGUUUUGUCAAUCUUUGUAUAUUGUUCCUUAAUUCUAUUAUAUUUUUUUAUUUUCCUGAGAAUGCCUGCAAGAAAAUAAAUUUCAAGUAGUAUAUGUAGUAUAUCUGUACUUUGAUAAUAAAUUAACUUUGAACUUUGUUAUUUAACUUUUCUAAAAAUGUUAACUCUGCUUCUUUCUCUGCAGAUGCUGCUGGACCUUCUGAAUGCCUCCAGUAUUUUUGUUUGUACUUCAGGUUUCUAGUAUCUGCAGUUUUUUGCUGUUGUUCUGAGGAUCUACUUAGCUGAUAAAACUCAACCUCUGCCUUACACACUGAGGAAACGUGCACUUUUUUUUUACAGUUAAAGUACUUCCCUGCCCAAAUGAGAAAAUUUGUGAUUACUGAGCUAUAUUGCAUAGUUGUCAGCUUUUCCUCCCUAUGCUGCUUUUUAAAAUGGUCCAAUGCUUUAUCUUCAGUUCAGUGGUGUCUUAGUACAUGUAACACAUUUGCUGCAUUUAGGGAUUCCAUUCUGCAAACUUUGCUGUCAAAAUACAUCUUCCAAGAUUUACCCUAAUUAUUUCUAGAUAGUAUUUUAAUAGUGUUAUGAUUCUCUGCGUAAUGGAUGUGGUAAAAACAGAUCAUUAUGAUUUUAUUUGUUGACUAAUAUACAGAUAUAUUUUAA